UAUUUUUACUUUCUAUUGAAGGUUGAUUCUUCUUUCGGAACAGUCGAUGAAGAAAAAUUGCUUGACUCCCUUUUGGCAACAGUUACUACUGCGGAUGAGUCUUCUACAUUUGCAUUCUUGAAUUCAAAUAGUGAAAAUGAUCAGUGUAAGAAGUUGCUGACAACCUGGAACUGUUUGAAGCCAUCAACACAGAGAGUUUUGGGUCUUGUUGCUGAAGUCAAAUCUCUAGAAAAUGAUAAAGAAAAUCUAAGGGUUAAUCUUCACAGAGCUGAAGAUGAGGUCAAAUUAUUGUUUGAGGAAAAUAGCGUGUUGCAUUACGAGAAUAAAAGAUUGGCCAAGCGAUGCAUGGAAAGGAGCCAUAGCGGUUCUGAUAGUAAACAUGGCCAUAGCCAUACCCAUACCCAUACCGGCAGCGCAUCUGUGAAGUCAAACAAGAGAAAGUCUAGUCGCAAGACGAGUAGCCCAAUGGGGAGAAAGAUUGAUUUUGAAGAUUUAGUAGACUCAGCAAGAACACCCUUGUCACCUUUGGGAAAUAAACUCCCAGAAUUUGCAGCAUGAAUAAAAAAUCAAAGUGACUACUAAUGUCUCAUUAACAGACAGGCCUGACAGUUUCUUCAAUUCAAAGUUCUGAUGAUAUGGGUUUUGGUUAGUCGAUGCCAUAUUCUUAAUGGUUGAACUGAUGAUAUGUAACUUUCUGAAUACUAGCUAAUUGUUAAAAUGUAUUUGCUAUUCAAUAUUCAA